ACGCCGCUUAUGCAUUGAUUCUAAGGUGGAGCACUUUGACAACUUGAGGUUAUGUUCUCCUGCCAUACGCAGUCUAUUAUUAUUCAGUCACGAUGAAGGCAAUGGAAGUUGUUUUGACCUUCGAUUCAUUUUUCACAUCAUAAAACUUGUCAAAGUGUUAUAUUUGAGCCAAAUUAAACUAGAAGGCAUCUUUCCUAGAGAACUAGAACUGCUUGUUCACUUGAGGUACUUGGCAAUUCUAGGUAAUGGCAGUCCCGUCCCAGCAUCAAUAAGUUAUCUCACCAACUUGGAAACUUUGAUUUGGCGAAAUUCUAGGAGUCAUGGUUCAGUUUCAUUGCCAGAUACUAUAUGGAACCUGAAGAAAUUAAGGCAUUUACAACUAAUGGACGAGGUCGAUAAGAAUUAUCAUUUUAGAUUCCCUGAGAACAACCUUGACAACUCUUCACAGUUGUGUGACUUAGAUAUCUUGUCCUGUCUAAGCCUCAAUCCUCGGAAGAACAUCAACAAGCUGUUGAGAAAGUUUCCAAAUAUCCGCAAGCUGAGAAGCUCUCUUAAUCUCGAUCAGGGCUGUGAAUAUCAUGUAGCAAUGGAUUGUCUAAGUCAUUUGGAAUCACUCAGUCUGAGUUGCGUUGUUUACGGCGGUGACCGAUAUCAGUUAGAUUUCCAAUUUCCUUUGACCAUUAAAAAAUUGACCCUAUCUUAUUUUCGCUUGCCAUGGAGCAAAAUGGCAGCAAUUGGAAAUCUACCCAAUCUUGAGGUGCUCAAAUUACUCAAACAAGCCUUUGAGGGGGAAAUAUGGGAAAUGGAAGCAGAGAAGUUCCCUAGUGUUCGUUUCUUGAAAUUAGCUUCCUUGAACAUUGUGAAGUGGACAGCCUCCUCCGAGUAUGAAUACGAGGACCAGUACUAUUUUCCUCGUCUCCAGAAGCUAGUGUUGGAAAGCUGUGAUGCAUUGCAGGAGAUCCCUUCUUGUUUGGGAAAUAGUUCAACUCUUGAAAUAAUUGAGGUGUCAAAAUGUCCCAACUGUACCAGUUCAUUGGAGGAAAUUCAGGAAGAGCAAAGAAGCAAUGGAUAUACCGAUCUGAAGAUCCUUAUCUCAUAAUGGACGAUUGAUCUUCUCAAUAUUGGAAGGCUGCAAAUUUUUGGCGGAGAUCCCUUCUUGUUUGGAAAAUAUAUCAACUCUUGAAAUAAUUGCGGUGUCUAAAUGUCCCAACUCUAAUAUUUCAGUGGAGCAAAUUCAGGAAGAGCAAUUAAGCAGGGGAAAUACCCAUCUGAAGAUCCUUAUUUCACGAUGGAUGACUGAUCUUUUCAAGUGUGUUUGGUUUGGUUAUCUGUAUCAGUUUGGCAUCAAGAUCAAGUUGUUCUUUUUUCCAAUUAGUAUUGGAAGGCUGCAAAUUUUUGGAGGAGAUCCCUUCUUGUUUGGGAAAUAGUUCAACUCUUGAAAUAAUUGAGAUGUCUAAAUGUCCCAACUCUACAAGUUACAGUUACAGCAAAUUCGGGAAGAGCAAAUAAGCAUGGGAUAUACUGAUCUGAAGAUCCUUAUUUCAUAAUGGAUGACCGAUAUUCUCAAGUAUGUUUGGUUUGGGCAGCCACUUCAUUGUACUUCUUUUUUCUUUGACAGUCCAUUGCUUCUGCACUACUAAUGGUCUUGUGUCUCUGUUCAGCAUCAAGAUCAAGUCAUUCUUGUCUUCUUUGUAAGUUUUUCGUUUUUCCUGUGACAGAAUCUUGUAGUGGGAUAUCACUUCCCAAGUUUGAUGUUGUUUGUAAAGAUUCAAGUGGAUUUGUCUCAAAUAAGAGUCAGGUUUUCAAGAA